AUGAGGAAAAUGGACUUGACGGAAAGAAUCAAAAGUUUUGACUCAGGAGGGCAAGUUGACCUAACGGAAGGGCGCGCGCGCCAAAGCCCGCGAACUCGCGAGACGGAGCCUUGGCGGACCUCAGUCGCCUCAUUCUCGCUCUGCGAUUGCGUGGAACGGUCGCCUCAAAUUCAAGCAAUCAACCGUCGUCUCGAACGUCGUCAGAUUUCCGUCAUGAAGCUCCUCAUUCUGUUGGCCAGCUUCGGCUUCGCUUAUGGGUUGCCGAUCUACCUUGAGGUACAUUUUUAUUUCAAAAAACACGAAAGAAGGUUGAAUUUUUGAUGUUUUUGAUUUAUGUAUUUAGCAAAAUAAUGGUGAGAAAUCUUCAACUGCCGCUUUUCAGAAAUCACUGUGCACAAACGAGUCUCCGUGUUUCACCGAAAAAACCAACUGCACAGAAAAUCGUCCUUGCUCUACCUUGAUUGUUGUACGUUUUCGAUGGAUGGAGUUCGAAUCACGGAGCUGAUUCAGGUGUCGAAUGGCGAGUACAUCAUCGAUGGUCAAGGCCUCACCGGCAACGAGUUCAUUGCUGUGCGCGUCUCCCAGGACGUGCGUUUCUAAAUUCUAUUCAUCCGGAUAUCUCAAUUUUCCAGUCCGAAGGCCUCAAUCAUUAUCUUCUGUGUCUUCCUGGAAGCCGAACAGCUCUGCGCGCCGUUUCUAACGCCGGUCUCCCACUCAUCUUCGUAGAGGUACUCAUCGUCCUUUUGCUGAAACCGUCUUCUUUCUUCCAGAGCAAACCUUCGGAUUCGUUUUUGGCGGAGUUCAAGGCGUGCAGUUUUGGCCGCUCCGUGUCGGCAGACUUCUCUGCACUGCAAGUGAUCAAAGGCAACCUAACUGGUUCGUUGGGCAUUAUUUUGGGAUUCGGAAUUAAUUUUCAGAUGACAUGAUGAUGGGAAAUGGCUCUCCACUCAUCCAGCAAAACGAAGGACGUAGUUUCCUUGUCAAGAAAAACGUAGGUCGACCAAAAAAGUAUUUGUUCAGAUAAAAGCUUUCAGCCGUCUUUGGCCCAUUAUCUGGAAAAUCGCGGCUCCAUGCCUAUGAGACGUCUCCAAAUCAGUGGCCUCGUCAGCGACGUUGACGACCGAAUUGGACUCCGUCGAACUUUUUCUGAGGUUUCAAUAGAAAUCCCUUCGUAGCAAAAUCUAUGUCUCAGGAGGACAGCGACAGAAUUGGCGACUUCAUCCGAGAUGUUGAAGACGUCGUUGAGUCUUUUGAUGACAUGAAGAACCAGGUAUGAUUCCUGGAGGAGGGUGGUAAAAAAAAAAGAAUUUCCAGCCAGUCAACCGACGCUUCAAGGCGGCUCCGAAACCUACAAUCAUUCCCGAUGAAGAAGAGCUCGUGUAUGAUGAUGAGUAUGAAGAUCUGCCUCCCAUUGAUGAAGACGAGCUGGUUCUGAUGCCAAAGAAAUCUGUGAGUUGUGAAUAAAAAACUAUGGUUAUUGAGUUUGUGGCUCAGGUUAAAGUCGAGGAAGAAGAUGAGGAGAAGCCCAAAAAGAAGGUCGUUGUUUCGAGAAACAGAGGGAGGAUCUCUCAUGACAAUGAUGAGGAGAAGGUCGAGAAGCCGCGCAAAAAGGACAGAAGCAACGUCGUGGACAAAGAAGACGACGAAGGCUUGGAGGACGUGGAUGAGGUUCCCAAGAAGCCGAAGAAGGGCCGCGGUCGCAACACCGUCGGAGAUGGAGAAAACGAAGACAACGUCGAAGACGUCACCAAGAAGCCGAAGAAAGGAAAAGGCCGAAAGCUCGUCGAAGACGAAGAUGAGGAGGAUCGUCCUUCCAAGAAGAACAAGAAGGACAAGGACGGCAGUGAGAAGGAAGAGAAAUGGUCAGUUUUUUUAUUUCAUUUUGAAAGGAACUGCUUCAUUCCUUCUGUAAUCGGGGUUCUUCCAGGUUCGGCGACGACUACUAUGAUGACAAUAACGCCGACUACUCCAGCUACGCGCUUGUGAUCUUCAUCUCUCUCUACACCCUCUACGACCUUCUCAAGUAA